AUGUCCGCAGCCAACAAAAUCUUGCGUACCGCUAACGCUCCUCAAACUCCUCCCACAGAGAUUGAGCAACAAAUUGCUCAAGCUUUUGUUGACCUUGAGGCCAACGUUCCCGAACUCAAGUCUGAGCUUAGACAACUUCAAUUCUCUCAAGCUAAAGAGGUCGAUGUAAAAGGUGGAAAGAAGGCUGUUGUUAUUUUCGUCCCUGUCCCCAUGGCCAAGGCUUUCCACAAAGUCCAACAAAGACUUACCCGAGAGCUUGAGAAAAAGCUUUCCGACAAAUACAUCGUCUUCCUCUCUCAACGAAGAGUCCUCCCCAAACCUGCCCGAAACGCCUCAUCCAACAAAAAGCAAAAACGACCUCGAUCCCGAACUCUUACUGCCGUCCACGAGAAAAUCCUUGAGGAGCUUGUAUGGCCCAGUGAAAUUGUUGGCAAGAGAACUCGAGUUGCCCAAGAUGGUGGUAAACUGAUCCGAGUCUUCCUCGACUCCAAGGACCAAAACAACCUCGAAUACAAACUCGACACCUUCUCCUCAGUUUACCGAGCUCUUGCUGGCAAAGACGUCCACUUUGAGUUCCCCGUACAAGCUGCUGAGUAG